AUGGCAGCACGCAAGCAGCUCGUCUUUGUCACAGGCAAUGCGAAUAAGCUGAGAGAAGUGCAGCAGAUCCUUCAGAAGACGCCCGACUUCCCCUUCACCCUCACGAAUAAAGCCCUCGAUGUCCCCGAAGUGCAGGGUACAACGAUUGACGUCGCAAAAGCCAAGUGUCGCUCGGCUGCUCGCCAGCUGAAUGGGCCCGUCAUCACGGAGGAUACGGCUCUCUGCUUCUCUGCCCUCGGUGGGCUGCCCGGACCUUACAUCAAAGACUUCCUCGGGCAACUGGGUGUAGACCGUCUGCACCUGCUCCUGGCGGGCUUCGAGGACAAGAAGGCUACGGCUGUCUGUACAUUUGCAUACUGCGAGAGCGCGGAAGCUGAGCCGAUUGUCUUCGAGGGGAAGACAGAGGGACGAUUGGUGGAGCCGAGGGGUCAGAACAGAUUUGGGUGGGAUCCGUGCAUGGAGGUUGAAGGUACGGGAAAGACGUAUGCUGAGAUGGACAGCGAUGAGAAGAACAAGCUCUCUCACCGUUACAAAGCCCUGGACCAGCUUCGCGACUAUCUCACCAAGCAAGCAUGA